AUGCGCUACUCAUUCACCGUCCUCGCCCUCGCCGUCACGGUCUUGGCCCUUCCCACAGCCAAGCCCGCUGACGACGGCUCUUGGGCUCCUGGCAAAUAUGAGGGUGAAGGCACUGCCUACGACGAUGGCAAGUGGGCUCCUGGCAAAUACCCCGGCGAUAAGCGCAACGACGAUGGCUCUUGGGCUCCCGGAAAGUAUGAGGGAGAGGGCACUGGUUACGACAACGGCAAGUGGUACCCCGGAAAGUACCCCGGUGACAAGGCCAAGCGCAACGACGACGGCUCUUGGGCUCCCGGCAAGUACGAGGGUGAGGGUACCGGCUACGACAACGGAAAAUGGUACCCUGGAAAGUACCCUGGCGACAAGGCCAAGCGCAACGAUGAUGGCUCUUGGGCUCCCGGCAAAUAUGAGGGAGAGGGCACUGGCUACGACAACGGCAAGUGGUACCCCGGAAAGUACCCCGGUGACAAGGCCAAGCGCAGCGACGACGGCUCUUGGGCUCCUGGCAAGUACGAGGGUGAGGGUACCGACUACGAUGAUGGCAAGUGGUACCCCGGAAAGUACCCCGGCGACAAGGCUAAGCGCAACGACGAUGGAUCCUGGGCUCCCGGCAAGUACGAGGGAGAAGGCACUGGCUACGAUGAUGGCAAGUGGGCUCCCGGCAAGUACCCCGGCGAUAAGCGCAACGACGAUGGCUCUUGGGCUCCUGGCAAGUACGAGGGAGAAGGCACUGGCUAUGAUGAUGGCAAGUGGGCUCCUGGCAAGUACCCUGGCAGCAAGGCCAAGCGCAACGAUGAUGGAUCCUGGGCUCCCGGCAAGUACGAGGGAGAAGGCACUGGCUACGACAACGGCAAGUGGGCUCCCGGCAAGUACCCCGGCGACAAGCGCAACGACGACGGCUCUUGGGCUCCCGGCAAGUACGAGGGCGAGGGCACUGAAUACGAUGAUGGAAAGUGGGCUCCCGGCAAGUACCCCGGUGACAAGCGCAACGAUGAUGGCUCUUGGGCUCCCGGCAAGUACGAGGGAGAGGGUACCGGCUACGAUGAUGGCAAGUGGGCUCCCGGCAAGUACCCCGGUGACAAGCGCAACGACGAUGGCUCUUGGGCUCCCGGCAAGUACGAAGGCGAGGGCACCGGCUACGACAACGGAAAGUGGACUCCCGAGAAGUACGACUAA